AUGAAUAAUAGUUCGAAUACAACAACAAGUACGACGAUAUUAACAUCUUCGACUACACCAGAACCAUUUUGUCAAUUGGAAUUUGAAUUGAUAUCAGUCAAUAUGUCUUGUGAUGAAAAUUAUUUAUACAACGUUUUCAGCGUUGUUGCAGAUAUUAAUAAUGAUAAUCAAGUUGAUCUGAUAUACAUUUGUAACUUUUAUUCCACUCAGAAGAUGACUUUAUUAUUGGGCAAUCGUAAUGGAACAUUUCAAAAACCAAUUAUAUUCUCAUUUGAAAGUUUCAAUGGGUUACAACAUGUUCUUGUUGCUGAUUUUAACAAUGACAAUCGAUCUGAUUUAAUUUUGGUACAUAUGAGUAGAAAGAAUGUUGUUUUUACUAUUUUACUUAGAGAUGGUAAUGAAACAUUUCAAAUACAAAACAUGUUGUCUCGGGUAAUGCCUGAAAGGCCAGUACAAUUUAGUUUGAUUGAUCUCAAUAAUGAUAAGAAUGUAGAUAUCGUUAUGAUUCUUCAAUUUGAUUGUAAUGUUUAUGUGAUGUUCGGAAAUGGAAAUACAAAUUUUUCGUCAGAAAUUAUCUUAUCUGUAGGGGUAAAGUGUAGUCUUAAUGAAUUUGUUGUUGGUGAUGUUAAUAGUGAUAGCUAUUUCGAUAUUGUUGUAAAUGAUUAUGAAUCUUUACAUAUUUAUGUAUUUUUUGGACAACCUAAUGGAACAUUUCAAUCACCGAAAUGGUUUUUUACUGCAAUUGAUGCUCUAAGAUCUGAAAUAGUUAUUGGUGAUUUUGAUAACGAUGAUCAAUCUGAUAUUGGGUUUAUUUACGAGAAUUGGAAGGAUCUUGUUUGUAUGAUAUAUCAAUAUAACAAUAAUAGUUUUAGUGUUAAUGAGAAAGUGAAGACUAUUAUAGAACCUGGUCAAAACUUGCAUUCAGUUGUUGUAGGUGAUAUUAACGGUGAUAAUCAUGUGGAUAUUAUUAUUAAUUUGACUUACCCAUGUAGAAUCUAUGCAUUACUUGGAUAUGGAAAUGGAAAGUUCUCUAUACAAACCAUUCAUUUAGGUGAAUUUCAAGAUGGUGAAAUUUGGUUUAGUCUUACUAAUUUCAAUAAUGACAAUUAUCAAGAUAUAAUUAGCACGAACGACGACACUGAACUCAUAAAUAUUUUCUUAAACAAGCGUCAAUGUUCAGUAAACUAA